AUGUUCGAAAAUCAAGCUCCCGAACACACAGUGACGGUACGGCAUACCGUUCAUUUUAGGAAGCAUCACCUUGGGCCUACAUUGCUUGCGCAACCGAGUCACAGAACAAGUCUUCCUACUCGCACGAUUCUUCGAACAUCUCGAAACUAUAAUGGCACAUCUUUUGGGUCUGGCCAUCCGACGCGCACAACAAGGAUUCUUUCGUGUAUCACCAAUGUAGAGCUUGCUAGCCAACACGGCGCCGAGCGACGUCGAUCAGUGUAUAAGAGGAAGUCAAUUAUUGUUACCUCCCCUUCUUCUACACGAAGAUAUCAAAGUCCCAUAUCCCCAAGCAGGGUUCGAUCUCCGAGGAAAAGUAGUCCGCUACGACCCCCCCUGUUUCCUGGGAUUCCAUUAUCCCCUCAAACCUCUAUGAAUGUCGCCCAAUUUCCGCCGCCUACUGUGGAUCCGUAUUGCCCUUCUCCUAUCCACUCACCUCAUACUUGUCAGUUAGGCAGUCCAACUCCCGGUUUUCUGAAUAUAUACGCACCCACCCCUCUGCAGAUAUCACCAGGAUCUUAUUUCAACACCCAUUCUCAGACGUACCACGAUCCCGCCUUCUUACAAUCCUCCCUCCCGCUGGUCUCUUCGCCUAUUGCGACACCGUCCAUCUCAUUGCAUCCAGAGUUAACAUCUUAUUGUCCGCUUGUCUGGUCCGCUCUUUUACCACCCACAACGGCUAGGAGUCGAUAUCCCGUUUCUUAUCCCUUCGACCUCGACAUUCUGAGUGCCCCUGCAUGCCCUGGAGUGUCGAUCCUCUUGAUUUACAUUGAGGGCGGUCUCAUAGCCAAAUCCUGGACGAAGCUCUGGGGACCUAUACGCAGCGUCCUACGGCCCCAUGCUUGUGAAAUAACGGUAUUCGAUGUUUUACUGGAUAUCCAUACUUAUCUUCACACGCGUCUCUCUCUUAGGGAGGUCAAGCAUGUGAGGAAAAAGGGGUAUCAGGAACUUGUUGACUUGGAGAGGAAAUUUCGGGUUGGCUACGAAGGGGCGGCGUGCGAGGUAAACGAGUGGGACAAACCACCGAAGAGACUGGAUAUCAUUGCUCCGUUCUGCGGUGGUGAUUUCAUGUCCAUGAGAUAUGACGGAGUCUGGCAGAUGGACGGUUUAGAACUAUCGCUGAGAUUAGGUUGGUUGUAG